GUUGUUUACCGGUCUCCGGAAUUUUUAUACGAAAUUCACUUUGUGUUAUUUGUCUGAAAAAAAUUUGUGAAAAACAAUAUUUGUUUAUAGAGCCAUAUUUAAGCAAAACUUGAUACCAAACAGAAAAGUCAACUCUUUGCAGAACACCCAUUUAAUUUACCAAUCAACGAUAUGGUGUUGCUUCAAGUGAAACGUGGCGACGAGAAUCUCUUCAUUUACGAGACCAGCGUCGAUGAGAACACCACCGAUGUCAUAAGGGACAUCACUGCUAUUUAUAACGGGCGCUUGAAAGUCUAUCGCGUUUGUUCGGAAAUUGAGGAACUCGUCGAGCAUGGUACCAUGUUGCCACCCGAAAUGAUUGGUCUGACCGAUGAGCAAGUGGUUGAGUUGAAAUUGAAGGAUAUUUGGGCUGAGAAAUGCGUACCAUCUGGUGGUUACGUUACGAACAAGGAUCCACUGGGUCGCCGUAAUGGACAGCAGCCGCAAGAGAAAAUGCGUGAGAUACUUAAGAAGUCAAUGGAGGAUGCCAAGAGUUUCAUCGAUAAGAAAUUAGUGGGUGCGCGUCAAGCGUUGAAUUUGAAAAACGUUUCGGAGGCUUUGAAUUUACUACGCGGUGCUUUAACUAUUGUUUAUCCCAUGCAAUUGCCACCGCACGACAUCAUACGCAUGGAAUUCAAUAAUACGGAGGACUUGAGCGGCACACAAGCCUCACGCGAAGUUAUCGAACCGGUGAAGGCCCAAUUGUGGUUCGCUGGCAAGCAAAUACUGCCCGACAAUAAAUUAUACAAAUACGUGGGCAAGAAUGACAAGACCAAAGUUGUUGUCAAAAUUAAUAAACAAGGUGAAGGUCCACCUAGUCGCGAGGCUGUGCUCACGGAGGAUAUGCGUAAACGUAUGAUGGCCGAAGCUUAUCGCAGGCAGGAACAAUUGAAGGCGUUCGAUCCUAAAUGAAUUCACUAAAGUUAAUGACUAUAACGAGUACACUACGAGCGAGUAAAAUAUGAGUUGAGUUGAGAGAGAGUAAGUUCGAGAAAUGAAAAGUAGAGAGGAGAAAAAGGAAAAAUUUAAUUUCUGUUAAUUUUGACAACAUAAAUGCAACAACAAUAGCGCCAAUCAACAUGCCAAUAUAGUUUUAUGGAAAUACUCGUUUAUUGGAAUAUUAAGAGCAUGCAAAAAAAUUACAAUUCAACUGAA